GAGGGGAGGAAGGGUGGGAGCCGGGGAAAGAGCCGCGGACUAGGAGCCAGCGAGGAGGCCGCGGCAGGCGCAGCGGGCACGUCGGCCGAGCCUCCCGCGCGAACCAGGCGCCGCCAUUCCGCUCCUCGGGGCGCCGCCGCCGCCGCCGCCGCGCUCGGGGGCCAUGCUCCCGCCGCCCCCGCGCCAGCCGCCGCCCCAGGCGCGCACGGCCCGCAGCUCGGUGCGGCUGCAGCGGGCCUUCCUGCGCGGGCCGCUGGGCGUGCUGCGGGUGCUGCAGCUGCUGGCCGGCGCCGCCUUCUGGAUCACCAUCGCCACCAGCAGGUACCAGGGCCCCGUGCACUUCGCGCUCUUCGUGUCCGUGCUCUUCUGGCUGCUGACCCUGGGCCUCUACUUCCUCACGCUGCUGGGCAAGCACGAGCUGGUGCCCGUGCUGGGCUCGCGCUGGCUCGUGGUCAACGUGGCGCACGACCUGCUGGCGGCCGCGCUCUACGGCGCCGCGACAGCCAUCAUGAUCGACCAGACCCAGAGGCACAGCUACUGCAACCUCAAGAACUACCAGAUGCCCUGCGCCUACCACGCCUUCCUGGCCGCCGCCGUCUGCGGGGGCCUCUGCCUGGGCCUCUACCUGCUCUCGGCGCUCUACAGCUGCUGCCGCCGCUACCAGGGCGAGCAGGAGGUGGCGUGAGACGCCCCGCUGCGGGGCGGGGGACCCGGAGGACGCCAGCGCCCCAGCCCUUCCUGCCGCCCCGCGCCCGUGCGCCCCGGCACCCUCCCUCGCGCUGCGUUCCCGCCGCCGCCCGCGCCCAGGCACCCGGACACCCCGACACGCAGUUCCCGCCCGACGGCUGCGCCCCCGCCCGGAGCCCGGACCGCUGCUGGGAUGCGCAGUCUCCAGGGACCCGAGCCGGGCUACAUCCGCAGGGCGGACGCGCGCUCCCCUUCCCCUCCCGAGGCGAGACCUCGCGGUUCCUCUUCCCCUUCCCCGCUGACGGCGAGACGUGGACAGGCGCCGCGUAGAUCCGGCGGAGGCUCCCAAAUGGCUGCCAGGCUUCUGGCUGCGCCCCUGCCCCCUUCCUGCCGCCCCGCGCCGGGAAGAGCACCCCCUGUCCCUGGGCCCUCUUCCAGCCUCGAGUGCCGUGAAAGGCAGGCACGUAGCCGCGGGCAGGGCUAGAGACAGGCCGCCACUGGUCCCGGGAUGAGCGACGAGUUUGGUUUUAGUUUGGGAUUUUUUUCCGGACAUCCUGCGCAGUCCUCCCCUCGGUGCUUUGAUGUCUUGGGGUGGGGCCUAUCUCCAAAGGUUUCUGUGUUGCAGGGGCCCUGGAGAUGCCCAGGGAUCCUGGCCUGUGUCAACACAGGGUUUCA